AUGAAUGAAGACCUGAAGGUCAAUUUAAGCGGGCUGCCUCGGGAUUAUUUAGAUGCUGGCGCUGCGGAGAACGUCUCAGCUGCCGUCUCCUCCCAGUUUCCUGUUGUUGAGCCGGAGCCAGAGCUGGUUGUCAACCCUUGGGACAUUGUCUUGUGUACCUCAGGAACCCUCAUCUCCUGUGAAAAUGCCAUUGUGGUCCUUAUCAUCUUCCAUAACCCCAGCCUGCGAGCACCCAUGUUCCUGCUCAUAGGCAGCCUGGCUCUGGCAGACUUACUGGCCGGCGUGGGACUCAUCGUCAAUUUUGUUUUUGCCUACCUGCUUCAGUCAGAAGCCACCAAGCUGGUCACAGUCGGGCUCAUUGUCGCCUCUUUCUCUGCCUCUGUCUGCAGCUUGCUGGCUAUCACUGUUGACCGCUACCUUUCCCUGUAUUACGCGCUGACGUACCACUCGGAGAGGACGGUCACGUUCACCUAUGUCAUGCUUGUCAUGCUCUGGGGGACCUCCAUCUGCCUGGGACUGCUGCCCGUCCUGGGCUGGAACUGCCUCAGAGACGAGUCCACCUGCAGCGUGGUCAGACCUCUCACCAAGAACAACGCGGCCAUCCUCUCCGUCUCCUUCCUCUUCGCGUUUGCGCUCAUGCUUCAGCUCUACAUCCAGAUCUGCAAGAUCGUGAUGCGGCACGCCCAUCAGAUCGCCCUGCAGCAUCACUUCCUGGCCACCUCCCACUACGUGACCACCCGGAAAGGCGUCUCCACCCUGGCCAUCAUUCUGGGGACCUUCGCUGCUUGCUGGAUGCCUUUCACGCUCUACUCCUUGAUAGCUGAUUACACCUACCCCUCCAUGUACACCUAUGCCACCCUCCUGCCGGCCACCUACAACUCCAUCAUCAACCCUGUCAUAUAUGCUUUCAGAAACCAAGAGAUCCAGAAAGCCCUCUGUCUCAUUUGCUGCGGCUGCAUCCCGUCCAGUCUCUCCCAGAGAGCGCGGUCCCCCAGCGACGUGUAG